UUGUCACUAAUGAGAGCAGCUCAGCCUGGGAGCCAGAGACAUGGGGAAGGAUUUUAUUGGUAUGUCCCAGCCAACGUCAGACUGGUUAAAAACCCGCUUCAUCUCCCAGCGAGGCAUCUAGCGCAGCUCAGGCAGUAGCUGGUACAGGGCCAGCAAGCCAGGCGGCAUCUGCUCAGCCCUGCUUCCUGCUCACAGCCGUGUGCACGCGCGCUAGGCUCUGCCACCAGCUGCCAGCAUCUUCCUCCUCCCGCAUCCUCUGGCAGCAUCUGCUCCGGGUACCAGCCUCCCAGCUCCAGUCGCAGGCAUCGCCUCUCUGGGCACCCACAUCCCCGGCACCCCCUCUCUGGGGCAGCAAGGGAGCCCCGCCAGGGAUGCACUGAAGGCAGGCAAGGAGGAGGCGUUUGGGAGAAGCAGACGGAAUGGGCACAGUGCAGGCAGCUCCUUAGGGCUCGCGGCGCAUCCGGAUCCCCUCUCCGGAGAGCCAUGGGGGUGCUGAUGUCCCGGCGCCAGACGGUGGAGCAGGUGCAGAAGGUCAGCCUGGCUGUCUCUGCCUUCAAGGACGGGCUGCGGGAGCGGCCCUCCACCAAGCGCAAGGCAGAGGCUUGGGGCGGGCAGCGGGGGACACUGGAGCAUGUGGUGCAGGAGGUGCAGGAGGAGGAGGAGGAGGAGAGGCCAGAGGCCGCUGGCCCCUCACAGACGCAGCGGGAGAAGAGCCGUGCCAACCGGGCAGCCUGGGAAAGGCUGCGGGAUGGACGGGGUGUGGAGCCGGAGGAGUUCGACCGUGCCAACCGCUUCACUCUGCCGGCCUUUGUCCGGCCCACGCGUGAGCUGCACGACGACGAGCCGCUGGAGAUCAGCCUGGAGCAACGGGAGCAGGUGAGCAGCGACGAGAUGUGCGAGAUCUGCGAGGUGUGGACGGCGGAGAGCCUGUUCCCCUGCAGGGUGUGCACCCGGGUUUACCACGAUGGCUGUCUGCGUCGCAUGGGCUUCCUGCACAACAGCAGUGCCGUGGAGGUGACGGAGACGGCGCACACCGAGACGGGCUGGAGCUGCUACUACUGCGAUAACCUCAACCUCCUGCUGACGGAGGAGGAGAUGUACAGCCUGAUGGAGACCUUCCAGCAAUGCAAGAUCAUCCCCGAGACCUGCCUGACGCAGGACAAUUUCCUGCACUACAAGCACCUGCUCCACAAGCGCCGCUUUGAGAGGCCGAUGAGUGAGGAGCAGGAGGAGCGAGCUGCCCUGCAGUUCUCCGCGCUGGACCCCGACAAGAAGGGCCACGUCGAGUGGCCAGAUUUCGUCUCCCACGAAUCCAUCGUGCUGAUGCAGAAAGUCCGGCCACAGAAUUCCCUGCUGCGGCUACUGACAGCCAAGGAGCGGGAGCGGGCGCGAGCCACCUUCCUGCCCCUCAGCCAGGACAGCCAGGGGCUGAUCAGCGAGGGCGAGUGCCGGAAAGCCCAGCACACGUGGUUUCGGAAGCACCAGAAGGAGGCCCCAUCCUGCAACGUCAGCAUCAGCCAUGUUGGGCCCAUGUCAGAGAGCAGCCCAGCCAGCAGCGGCAGCAGCAGGAGCCAGGAGAAGACCCUGCUGGGCACAGAGCAGGAGGAAUCCAGCAGGCCUGUCGACUGGCCGACCUUCCUGAAGGAGAACGUCAUCUACAUCCUCGCCGCCCGUCCCAACAGCGCCGCCAUCCACCUGAAGCCGCUGGCGUAGCCGCCGCCCGGGACAGGGGCCGGGCGAGGGCUCCCAACCUGGGCGAUGCAUGAGCGGGCGGGAGGCCGGGCGCACGGAGCCCAGUCCUAGCCAUUGUGUUCUGUAUUCGCUGAGCUUGCAGCUGGAGGAGCUGACAGGCUGCUUCACCCGCCAGAGGGGCGCUCCAGCCUGCUGCCCCGUCUCCCAUGGGCCUCAGGGAGCCACACCCGGCUCCCCUGCCCUCACCCACGUCCCUUCGAUUGGCGGAGCGAGGCCCCAAACCCCGCACCACGCCCGGCCACACCCCCAGCUCAGUAGAGUUCUGGUUUCUGAUUGGCUGAGAGGGAGCUUCUCCCCCCGCCCCCAACCCACAUGCAAUUUUGGCAGACUUCUGAUUAGCAGAGAGAGGGCUGAAGACAAACCGUCCAGCAGCGUUCUGGCUUCUGAUUGGCCAAGAAAGCCCAUGCGAGCCCCCACGGUUUCCAGCGUCGAGGUCACCCUGUGCCGUUGCUGCAGGUCGGCGGCCCAGGCGUGACCCCAGUGGCUGUGGACUAAUGAGCCCCCGGCUGGCUUGGCACUGGCACUGGCACUGGCACUGGCACUGGCAUGCCUGCUGGAGAGCACAGAGAGGUGUGUUGGCUGGGCUGGGGCCAGAACAGCCUGAGGGGCUGCCCUGCAGCUGGCAAGCUGGGGCGGGCACCGUCCCAGCCUCUCCCCUGCUCUCUGGGACCACCCCCGGCCCCAGACACACACACCAAAGGCUCUGAGGCCUGGUCCCCAGCGGCCAGGGCAGUGUUACCCUUUCCGCUCUGCAUGGCGGCUCUCGACACCCAUAUUCCAGCCUCCCUGGGUGAGCCGAUCCCCGGCUGGGAGAGCUGGGCACGGAGCAAGAGCCGAACGCCAUGAGACCCCGCGAGGACGUGGCAUCGCAGGCCUGGGUCGCCUCUCACCACCAC